AUGGAAUCAAUUCAACAACAAAGAAAAGUAUUGAUAACAGGAUCAUCAGGAUUUAUUGGAAAGGCAUUGAUGAAUAGAUUGAAUCAAUUGGGUGGAUUUGAAAUCUAUACAAUGGUGCGUAGGGUACCGACGUCGGCACGACAAGUACAGUGGGAUCCAGAGAGAUCGACCAUCGAUGAGCAAGCCAUCACAAACAUUCAACCCGACAUUGUGGUACACUUGGCAGGCGAGAAUAUAAAGGGGUUUUGGACAGAAGACAAGAAACGUCGUAUAUUGGAGAGCAGAACUAAAGGUACCAAGCUACUAUGUGACACACUUGCAUCGAUGAGUAAUCCACCAUCGGUCUUUAUCAGUGCGUCUGGUUGCACAUACUAUGGUACAUCAGUUACAAUGCCAGUUGAUGAAAGUGGUGCCAAGGGUAUAGGUUUCUUCCCCGAUGUCGUAGACAAGUGGGAAAGCUCGGCCGACUCUCUUCAAGGUCGUUCGAGGGUCUCCUUUCUCCGACUUGGUAUCGUGCUUGAUGUGUCGGGUGGAUUCCUCCAACUGCUCUACUACCCCUUUUACUUUGGUCUGGGUGGCGUUGUUGGCAGCGGUGACCAGUGGUUGCCGUGGGUCAGUCUCGACGACACCCUCGCAUCCAUCGUCCACCUUAUCAACACGGAGCAGUGUUCUGGUCCAUUCAACAUUGUGUCACCCAAUCCAGUCACCAACUUCACCUUUACCAAGACAAUGGGCAAGGUUUUGAACCGACCGACCGUCUGCUGGAUACCCGCCAUUCUCCUCACCUUUGCAUUGGGUAAAGAAAUGGCCAAUGAAACAGCUCUAAGCAGUCAACGAGUCAUCCCUACAAAGUUAAUAGAUACAGGUUACAAGUUCAUAGACAGUCAUUUAGAAUCUACUUUAAUCAAACAAUUUAAUAGUAGUACUUCAAAUCAAGCAACUAUUUCAUACUCUUAA